AUGGCGGAGCCAGACGUACGUGAGCUUUGUCAAAUGACAACUAAAGAGUGGUCCUAUUUCACGAAUGGUAAAAAUAGUCUGACACCCGACGAAGCUGAAUUCAUAUCCACUGUAGAAAACGGUGAUGUUGUGAAAACUAAAGAGUUAUUGAAGAAUGGAUUACUCGACAUUAACUGCGCCGUCAUGCGGAAAAUGCUACCAGUCACGGCAAUACAGCUGGCCGCGGAGAGCAACAACUUCCAGAUGGUUCGAUUGUUGUUAGAUAGUGGCGUGAAACGUAUUCCCAAACCGUCCAAUUGUAAUGGAGAGGAACAUAUUUUGGAUGAUGACUUGCGAUACAGUCUAUUCUGUGGUCUAACCUCACCUGCCUACCUGACCCUUGCAAAUCGUGACCCAGUCAUGGCUUCAAUGGAUCUAGCGAACGAUUUACAGGAAGUAACUAACGCGAGAGAAAUUCGAAUGACAUCUGAGGCAAGAUAUAUUGAAAUGAAAAAUAAGGUACAACAGUAUACGAUUGAUUUUCUUGAUUGCUGUGAGAGCUCUGAGGAGGUAUCUACUCUGAUGCGUGGAAGCAGUGGUGUUAAAGAAGUGGGAAGUUUACUGAAAGGAAACGUAGUAACCAAAGCCAUAGCAACCGAUAACAAGGAGUUAUUAGCACACUACAAAUGUCAGAACGUGUUGAGAAAGGUUUGGCACAAGGGACAACCAGGAUGGCAUUGCAAGAAUAGCUUUUGGUGGCGGUUUUUGUAUUGCAUAUACUGUUUGAUUGUAUACGUGUUACUAAUGCCACUAUUGGCCGUCAUAUAUAUCAUAGCACCUUGCUCUCCGGCGGCGAAAAUUCUGGAUAACCCUAAAGCCAAAUUCUUAAUGCAAAUGGCGUCUUACUUCAAAUUUCUUUUUCUUGUCAUCUUGCUUAACAUUGAGCUUGAUGGUACGUUUUAUUAUGAAUUGUCAUAUGAGUAUUUCAUAAUUUUUCUCCUAAUCUACAUCAUUGCUCUCAUCUGGGGUGAAAUUCAAGAAAUGUGGAUAAGCGGAUUAAAAUGUUACUUCACGUCUUUCUGGAACUACAUGGAUUUAUUGAUUCUAUUCUCGUUUUUUGUCGACAUCUCCCUUCGUCUUAUUGGUCUUUUAAAAUAUUUGGACAUCAACCCUGAGAUUAACUUAUUCUGGAUCACGUGGACAGCGUUCACUCUCACUCUUGCAUGUCUUCGAUCCAUGGAGAAUUUCUACCUCUCCCUAUAUCUCGGUCCCAUGCUACUAAUAUUUAAUGCAAUGACUGGUGACGUCAUCAAGUUUCUCAUCAUAUUUGUAUACACUGUCGUGGCAUUUGCAUUUGGAUUCUACUACCUAUAUGAUGACAUAGGUACCGGUAAUGUUUUCAACGAACUCGCUACGUCAUUUGUUGCCCUGGUUACCACGAUAUUUGGUGGCGACCCGACGGACAAUUUAAAAGCUGACGAUUUGCUUUUCAACGUGUCUGGGGCUAUAGUCGAUGCAGGACCUAUGUACAAAACAAUGGGAUUUAUACUAUAUGCAUCGUUUGGUACUAUAUGUAUGCUAGUAUUGGUUAAUAUCUGCAUCGCCAUGAUGUCUGAUACUUAUGCACGGAUGAAGUUAACUGAUCCAAAUGAUAACACAAGAAGAGUGCAGGUGAAGAAAGAGUUACUCUAUGAGGAGUUAAUAAAGGUACUACGUGCUCGCUAUAUGCUAAUGAACGGUAUCGUGAACGAGAAUGCCAUGAAGGAGUUUCAUACUGUGGAAAACGUAGAGGGACCUACGGACGUGACGUGUUUCUAA